AUGAGUGCCAAAAGAGUAGCAUUGCAUCCACUAGUGAUGCUCAACUUAUCAGACCAUUAUAUAAGACAUCAACAGCAGAGCACAGCUGUGGCAAAUGGCCGUUUGUUGGGAGUAUUACUAGGUAAUGAAGGUAAAGAUGGUUCUUUACAAUUGAUCAAUUCAUUUGAAUUUGCAUUUCAAGAUGACGGGGUUCCAGAUCUAAGCUAUUUACAAACAAGACUCGAACAACAAUCGGUGAUCCUACCUAACGAAUAUUUGGUUGGUGUUUAUGAAAUUAAACAAAAACAUGAAUUGAAACCAAGUGAUGAAAUUUUACAAUUACAUGAUUUACUAAAAGAGUAUAAUGUUGAUCUUGUAACGUUAGUUUUCAACCCUGAGCUUUCGUUGAAAAAAUUCACAAAUCAGAAGUUUGUCAAGAUAUAUGAUAAUCAAUUGAAUGAUUUAAAAUAUAGCGUUGAUACAAAAGAGGCUGAAAAAGUUGCAGUUGAUACAGUAUUGGAUGUUAAAGAUGUCGAAAAUGAGGAUGAAUUGAAUAAGGCCACUGAUCAAAUUGAAUCUCAAUCAUUUAUUUUAAAGACUUUGCACUCUAAGAUUGAACUAAUAUUGGAGUAUUUAACCAAAACAGAUCCGGCUUCAACCCCAGGUUAUUAUGAUAUUUUACGUCAAGUGAAUUCAUUCAUUUCCAAAGUGCAAUCUAAACAAAAUGACGAUAUAAAGACUAAAUUGAUUGAUUUGGAAACUGAUUAUAAUAUGUUGAUUUCCUUAGGGACGAUGAAUGAUACGAUAAAAGGGUUGGAUUCUAUUAAUUUGGAUUUGAAAAAAUAUGAUAGUCAACCUGUAACGGAAUAA